AUGUCUAAGAAGAUCAAAAAAACUAACUUGUUCAGCAAGGAUGUCAACUCAUUGCUCUAUGCGUACGGGGAUGUAGCACAGCCUCUACCUGAAACUGUGCAGUGUGUGGACGAUUUACUCUCCGGUUACCUUGUCGAUAUAUGUACUUCUGCCUAUCGAGCAUCGAGGGCCACGGGCAAGAAUAAAGUCAAGUUGGAAGAUUUCAAGUUUGUUAUAAGACGAGACCCUAUUAAAUUGGCGAGAGCCUCGGAACUGAUAUCGACAAAUAAGCUGAUCACUGAAGCGAAAAAGCAGUUUAACGAAAACGACAAUCAAAAUGCCAAGAGGUUUAGAGGCGGAGAAGAGGAGGAAGAGGAUGAUGAGGAGGAGGAGGAAGAGGACGAAGACGCAGAGGAAGACGAUGAUGACGAAAACGACCAUCAACCGCAACAGAGUAAUAUAAGGCGAUCAGAAAACAAGUCUGGUCAAAAAAUCAGGCAGAACAAGAAGCAGAAACAGGCAAACUGA